UUAUAAGUAGCUGAAUGGUGAUCUCUUAAACCAUACAAAUCCCUUGACUUGAGUCUUUUCCCUAGACCGAGGCCACUCCAAAGUUUCUUCCCUUUUCCUUAACUCUUUUCAUUUUAGCUCUCCACCUCCAUCCGAUAUCGCAUACACGUUCUUCUUCCCUCCCUCGUCUUCUUAUUGCUGCUAAAACUCCUCUGACUUCUAAGCUUUAAGUGUAUGGCAUCGAACUCUAUCAGUUCUUCGUGGACACUGAGGCAGAACAAGAAAUUUGAAGAGGCGUUAGCCUUUUACGACAAGGAAACCCCAGACCGCUGGCAAAACAUAGCCAGGGCGGUGGGAGGGAAGUCGGUGGAGGAAGUGAAGUGGCAUUAUGAGAUACUUGAGAAGGACAUCAAGAAAAUAGAAUCCGACCAAGUGCCUCUACCCAAUUACAGGUCCACCGGGAGCAAUGGCAGGGUCAUGGGAAAUGAACGAAGGAAGUACGGUGGCUUCUGAAGAAUCGAAAGCUCCGAUGGAGAAGAAGUUGCAGCUAUUUAUACACUAGGGGUGAAUCCCGUAUCGCGAGCAGAUGCAGAGUUAUCUCAUGGAUUGCUCAAAAGUGGUUAUGUUGUGUAAACUGUGUAUACUCUCUAAAACUGGUUGCUACUGUAAUACAUUAUCUAAUGAAGAUGUAUGAUAUGCUUUGGGGUCUUGUCCA